AACACAGUAGUAUUAGGUGUGCCAGUAUUACAAACUGACCAAUCAUAAGAGCCUAUGGUCAGUAUAUAAUGCUAUUUGUAGGAGAGGAAGCGAGAAGGAUCUCAAUGUGUAAGAAAGAUAUCAAAUGAGAGAAGGAAUGAAAAGAAGAAUGAGAAGGAAACGGGAGGAGGAAAAAUGAAAAGGAAUGAGGAGGAGGAGGAGGAGGAGGAGGACUGUCAGACACCUCGCCCACAAAAACCCGAUGCAGAUGCGCCCGAGCGGUGAACACGUGCGACGCUUGCUGUUUUUGCAACAGGCGCGUUCAAACGCGGUGAGAUGUCCAAAAAAUUGUCUCGAAACGAUGCCCUCGAAAUUAUAUCUACGUGGAAUACAAACGACGUCUUGUGUCUCCUAAAAAAGAAUGGCUUGGAAGAAUGCUGUACAGCAAUUUCGAAACGGCAAAUCGACGGUGACGAGUUGUUACACUUGACUGAAGGGAAGUUGGCUCUAUGGAAGAGUGACCUCACUCGUUCUUUGAUAUGGGAACUUCGUACGCUAGUAGAACAAAUUAAAAAAUUUCCGGAAAAAUAUGUACAAGAGAAAAAUAUCGAAACGGAACAAAACGAAGAUCACAUGAGCGAUACCAGUUCAUGGGACACAGAUUUCGAAGAUGAGAUAACGGAAGACCACCAUAAUUCUACUUUCACCGAUACCAAGAACAUUAAUGAUAAUCAAAUUAAUUCCAAUUAUGGUAAUGACUGUAAUAAUAUUUCGACAAAAAUGAAAACUAUUAAAACUAAUGAUCAAGUUGACGAAAAUACGAUGGGAAAUGAGGAGGAAGAUGAAGAAACGACUUAUGAAAAUUUCGAAUCUACUUUACCGGACGAUAAAAGUGUUUACGCUAAUUAUAAACAUAACAUGACUAAUCAACCACUUAAAAAUGUUUCAAGAUUACACGGAACUAUAGAAAAAUCAUUGGCGGAACAAUUGAAAGAACAAUUGGAAUUGAGAAAUUCGAAGAAACCAGUGUUAGGACCAAAACCGGAAGGAAUCAUUUCGAAAAGGCCAACCAAUUUUACAAACAUUUCGAAACAACCACGAAAAUCAUUUUUACACGAUGAUUCGAAAACGAAACCUCGGCCACAGAACGAUCAUCAAAGAAGAAUGGCUGUUCCACCUCCACCAACACCUAAAAAAAACGUCGAUCAAAUUUUGACCAAAGUAGGAAAAGACGAUCAGGAUUUAUCGAAACCGUCCAUAUCGAUUAGAAAUUUGGAUCUCAUUGCCAAUUUGCCAACAAGGCAAGAAGAAAGUGAGGGUGAAUACGAACAAUUUGACGAGCAAAUAAUAGAACAAAAUCAAAGAUCGGUGAUCUCAAGAAUCGACAGCAAACAAUCGUUGACCAGCGGAGCUCAAAGUUCUGUUGAAAGCAUUUAUCAAUCGCCAAGUACAACCAGUUGUGAAGAGGAACAAGAACACUAUGAGAUUUAUGAAUCCAUUACGGAACCACCUGAAGACAAUGAUAAUUAUUUAAGACCUAUUCAAAGAACACCAAGCAGUAAUAUUGUACCUCCACCAUUACCCAUCAAACCAGCCAUCACGCCACCCCCAACGUUACAUCUAACAAAAUCGAACAAUGCAAAUGAACGUUCACCGGAUAAAAAAUCAGCAACUUUACCACAUUCUGGUAGUAAUACUUCAUUAUCAUUAAAUGAAAGAACUACGAGACCAUUACCACCACCACCAGAUCGAGUAUCUUAUAUUAACAAGCCUUGGUAUCACAAUGUUACUCGAUCUCAAGCCAUAACACUCAUUUCGGAACAAAGUACUUACGGCACUCCGCAAGAUGGUUACUUUCUUUUCAGACCUUCUACCACCAACGUAAAUAGUCCAUUGGCUCUUGUACUUUGGUGCAAGGAUAGGGUUUACAAUAUUCCAGUUAGAAAACGAUCUGACAAUAGGUAUGCUCUGGGAUCUCCAAAAUUAAACGAACAAUCAUUCUCAAGCGUUGAAGAAAUUGUAACGUGUUACACGAAAGAAGAAUUGGUUCUUUAUACUGGUGGCGUGCAAACGGGAAGUACGAAAUUAACAGAUACACCGAAAUGAAAUAGAAACAAAAAGAAAAAAAAAAAAGAAACGUCUCUCACGUAAGAUGGAAUUUCUACUUCUCAAGAGGAAAUGUAAAAAAA